CGGGCAGGGAUUGGCGCGGCCGGCGCGGCUCCUCCCGCCGCCGCGGCUGGGCGCAGGGGAUCCGGCCGCGCCGAGCCCAGCCUGGCGGCUCCGCGCAGCUCGCCGCCGGGACGCCCCCUCCUCCCCGCGGGAGCGCGGCCGGCUCCGCUCCGGAAAUGCCAUUUUCGUGAGUGUGCAAGAGACCUACAGAACUGUAAUGUCUAACCCUACAUGGAGUAACAACUCUCUGAAGUUUUCGGGCUGUACCCAGCUCCGGGCAGAACUAACAAAUCAGCUGAAGCACCUACUGAUAAGGAUCAGCCUUGGUAAAGAAACACACUGUGGUAGUUAAAAGGCAUCUCCAGGCGGCAGAGACGCGGCGAAGCCGAUGGGGAAGCCGUGCGCGUAGCGAGGAUGGACUGGCUGUGACGGCUGUGCCUUAGCUGGAGAGGUGGUUACCAUGAAGAGUUCCUACAGAGCUGGUCUCCACAGGGAACCGCUGAAUUCCACGUCCUCCACCUUCCAUCAAGUCAAACGGGUUUCUGGUAUGCACUUAAAGCCAUAUCUCAAGUUACAGAAGAAAGAGCGAUCUCCAGAAAUUAGCCAGGACUCCCUAAGAGUCCCACCUGCGAGCCAUCAGAGACCAGCGCAAGAAGACAAAUACACCACCAACUGCACCAAACUGAGCGUUUUCCCAAAACCCUCCCUCGUGACUCCAUCUCGCAAACUUCUGGGGAUUAUUUAUCCAAAUACUAUGUGCAAUAUGAACGGGAAAGGUCCAGCGGAUGGUCUGAGCGCCAGGGAAAAGAAGAACGCGCUGUCCGCGACGAUUCACCAGGGAGAAGAAGGUGAAGGGCCGCUGGACGUGUGGGCUGUGGUGAAACCCGGCAAUACGAAGGAGAAGAUCGCGUUCUUCGCUGCCCAGCAGUGCGGCAGCAGCAACCGCCUGGGCUCCAUGAAAAUCAAAAGCACGUGGGACAUUGACGGGAGAACGGCCAAGCGCAGGAAAAAAUCCGGCGAUCUUAAAAAAGCCAAAAUCCAACUGGAAAGAAUGAGGGAGGCGAACGCCAGGUGCUCCCAGCCCGAGCCGUUCGCCUGCGGCAUCGAGCACUGUUCGGUGCAUUACGGGAACGACCACGGCGAGGGCGUCUUCCCCGGCCGGUCCCUCUCGGUGGUGGAGAUGGUGGCGUUUCUGGAGCAACGAGCGAGCGCUUUGCUGGUGGACUGCGCUAAAACCUGCGCUCCCGCUCCCGCCACGAGGCUGAGCGCUGCGCCCAAAGCCGCCUUCCCCGCCUCAGACCCUUUCUGCUCCGCCGAGGCGUGCGAGGUGCCGGUGGAGAGGGGGCCGUGCGGCGAGCAGCAGAGCGAGCCCGUGCGGGUGCUGGACAUGGUGGCCAAGCUGGAGUCGGAGUGUUUGAGGCGCCAGAGCGAGCGGGAGGCCGGGAGCCUCUCGCGGAACAACAGCUUCCGCCGAAACGUCGGCAGGGUGCUCCUGGCCAACGGCACCCAGCCCGAUGGAGACGCGGGGAAGGUGUCCCCGGGGGUCCUGGCGCCGGGGGAAGAUUUGGAGGGCGCUGGGGAAGCCGAGGGUGGGUAUGGGGGACGGUGCGGCGCUCUGGGUGACGCUGAGCUGUGGGAUGGCGCUGCCUCUGCUCGGCAGCCUUUUUCUUCUGGGCUGGACGCUCGGAUGGGGAAUGUGAAUUCGGGACUGGCUCACGCGGUGUUGACAAUAACCACCGGCAGGAGCGAUGCUGAAACACCAAUCGAGCCCCCCGGACCUGUGCUGCCCGCCUGUCCCGCUGCCGCCGGCCGCCCGGUGGAUUCCUUGCGUGGCAAGAACGCGACUGUGGAUUGUACGUCGAAAGAGCCUGUGAUUUUCCCAAAGCAAAGCCUGCACCCUGCUCGGAAAGAGCCCUUAUGCAUCAGUAUAUCGGUCACCAAGACGGAGAAGGGGCGCAGGAAAGAGAAGCUGUGUAACUCCGGUGCUGGUGACGACGCGCUCCCGGGGAGGCUGUUUUUCCUGCGUGCCGACCAGCCCGCCGCUCACGAGCAACAGCCGCUACGGGAAAGCGCCCAAGAAAAGCCAGAAGUAGCCCAAACUGAGGAUGAGGACGCUUUGGCGUCUGACAGAUCAUCUGUCAGAAACGGCGUCCCCGCAGAGCCAUCCGCCCUCUCUGUUCCUCCCGCAGAAGGGGCUUUGCAAGUACUUGAUCCUUCCUGCUUGAAAAAGCAGGUUUCGCAUGACUUUCUGGAGACCCGGUUUAAAAUCCAGCAGCUUUUGGAGCCUCAGCAGUACAUGGCCUUUUUGCCUCACCACAUCAUAGUGAAGAUCUUUGGUUUGCUUCCCACCAGGAGCCUGGUCGCCCUAAAAUGCACUUGCUACUACUUCAAAUUCAUCAUCGAAUAUUACAACAUCAGGCCCGCGGAUUCGCGCUGGGUCCGCGAUCCCCGGUACAGAGAAGACCCCUGCAAGCAGUGCAAGAAGAAAUACGUGAAAGGGGACGUAUCGCUGUGCCGGUGGCAUCCCAAACCCUAUUGCCAAGCGUUACCCUACGGGCCUGGCUACUGGAUGUGCUGUCACCGCUCUCAGAAGGGCAUCCCGGGCUGUAAGUUGGGCCUUCAUGACAAUCAUUGGGUUCCCGCUUGUCACAGCUUUAAUCGCGCCAUUCAUAAGAAAAGCAGAGGAGCGGGAGCCGAAGUGGAAGAGGAAUAUUAGUGCACACACACUUUCCUACGAGAUUGUUUGGGGUAGGAGGAGAUUCUCAUGCCUUGUGCUGUUUACAGUGUAUAUAAUUGUUGUGUUUGGUUAUUUUUUCAAUGUUUUUUUGUUUUCACAGGGCUAUGAAACUGCACAUAAACACAAGAGCCUUUACCUUUUAGAUUACGGAUAGCUUUUAGUCCAUCGAUGUAAAUAACACUAUAAAAACUAAUUGUACAUACAGAGUCUACAGCUGGCUGAACAACGUACUCACUACAAUGCAGCUAUGAUAGUGUUGCGGCUAUAGUCGUGUGUGUUUUUAAGUGUCUCGUUCCAAAAAUCUGUAUAUCCUGUAUAAUAUAUGAACGUUUCCGAGAGGAAACUCUAAAUAGGUAAAGGUCGACUUGUUUAAAGAAUCUUCAGCCAACUUAACUGGACAACCUUAAAAUUAGACUAGAACAGAUCCAUUAUAGUAGUGUGGCAGUGGAUAAAAAAAAGAGGAAUAUUAUUGUAUAGUCAGAAUAAAAAAAAUAUAUCUUGUCUACCAUACCCGUGUUGUCUGGUUUGGGUUUUUAUGUUUGUUUGAUUUCUUUUUUUUUUUUUUUACUUGAAUAAACCGUGCAUUCUCGA